AUGGAAGCGCGGGCGCGUGAAGGCUUGGCGCAGCUUCGCCAGGUGAAGGCCAAUGUCGAGUCAAACUUGCAUGAGAAGGUGGAGGUCGAGGGUCAGUUGAAGGCUGCCCAGUUGAAGAAACGUCGCGCUCAAGAGUUGUCGGAGACUCUGGACAUGAGGCAGAAAGAGGCCCUGGCACGGCUCGCAAGUCUAGUGGAUUGCACCGCAGCAAAGGGUGACCUGGAUCGUUGGCAGCAGCGCUUGAAGGUCUUGGGCGAGUCUGUACAGGAGCUGAGGUGUAGCCUGCAGGAUUUGGAGGUGAGUACCAAGGGUGCCAGUGGAGUCGGCGUGUCUUUGCAGGAGGAGUUGCAGCGGGUCUUCCAAGGCACCGAACGCUUGCGCGCAGAACGAGAAGAGGCAGCCCAAAACCCUGCCUUGGUGAAGCUGCGCCAAGCCGAGCCUGCGUUGGAAGCAUCAAGGCGCCGCGCUCGGGAACUGGAAAUGAAGCUGGAGGAUGUGCAAGGCGAGGUGGUGUGCGCCAAACAGCGGAAGGAGUGCUUCCUUCGCGAGGUGCGCCAGAGUCGCGAAAAGAUGCGCGGACUGCGCAAGCGCCAUACCGCUCUCUGGGAGAAGGCGCAAGCCUUAGAAAAGCGGCUGCUGCGAAGCCCUAUGGUGCCAGGCCUGGGAGAGGUCUUGCAGCCGACGAAGGCCGCGCGCUUUCGCGGCGCCUGA